CUCCGAAUAAUGAUUGCCCUGAAUAAGCUACUAUCGAAAACAAAUCGAAAGUGAUCGAAAAAGGAAACGGAAAAAAAGCUGCCCCGCAUACGUCACGUUUCCAGUCAAAUCUCCUUCGGAGCUUCAAUUUAUGACUCUUUCCCCCGAACAGCUUUGCUGCUGAACAGAGGUCCAUUGACUAACAAACAGGCAAGAUGAAGCAAAGAUUCUCGUCUUUGGACGUCAAGGUUAUUACCCGUGAGCUCGCCUCGGAGGUAGUCAAUCUGCGAGUAUCCAACAUCUACGAUCUCUCAUCGAGAAUAUUCCUCUUUAAACUCGCCAAACCCGACCAUCGCAGACAACUAAUCAUCGACUCCGGCUUCCGCUGCCAUGUCACGCAAUACUCACGAACAACAGCAACAACACCCUCCCACUUUGUAACCCGCCUCCGCAAAGCCCUGAAAUCGCGCCGCGUGACCUCCGUCCAGCAAAUCGGCACAGACCGCAUCAUCGACUUCUCCUUCAGCGAUGGCAUUUACCAUUUAUUCCUGGAGUUCUACGCAGGCGGGAACAUCAUCCUCACCGAUCGCGAGUAUAAUAUCCUAGCCGUGUUCCGGACGGUGCCAGAGGAGAAUGUCCGGGUUGGGUUGAAGUAUACGGUUACCGAUAAGCAAAAUUACCACGGGGUGCCGGAUAUCACGGCGGAGAGGGUUCGGGAGACGUUGGAGAAGGCGCAGGAGGCGUUUGCGAAGGAGGAUGCGGGGCCGAAAAAGUCGAAGAAGAAGGGUGUGGAUGUCUUGAGGAAGGCGCUGUCUCAGGGGUUUCCGGAAUAUCCGCCGCUGCUUCUGGAUCAUGCGUUUGCUGUGAAGGAGUUUGAUUCGGCGACCCCGUUAGCGCAGGUUUUGCAGGAUGAGAGUCUUUUGCAGGGGGUGUUUGGUGUUUUGGAGGAGGCGCGAAGUGUCUCUGAAGAGCUUUCUGCGAAGGAUAGUCAUCCGGGCUAUAUCGUCGCGAAAGAGGAUACUCGACCUGCCGAACCCACCGCUGAGGGCGAGAAUGAAGAACCGAAGAAGCCAGCUUUGCUCUACGAAGACUUCCAUCCUUUCAAGCCUCGACAAUUCGCAGAAAAACCGGAUAUCACGAUUCUGGAAUUCGACCGCUUCAACGCUACUAUCGACGAGUACUUCUCGUCCGUGGAGUCCCAGAAGCUGGAAUCGAGACUCACGGAACGCGAGGAGGCAGCGAAGAAAAAGCUUGAUGCAGUCAAACAGGAGCACCAGAAGCGCCUGGGAGAGCUUGAGAAGGCCCAGGAUCUGCAUAUCCGCAAAGCAGGUGCAAUUGAGGAUAACGUUUACCGUGUCCAGGAAGCUAUGGAUGCAGUUAACGGCCUGAUCGCCCAGGGAAUGGAUUGGGUGGAAAUCGAACGCUUGGUUGAGAUGGAGCAAGGUCGCGGUAACCCGGUUGCCAAGAUUAUCAAGCUGCCGCUGAAGCUGCACGAGAACACCAUCACUUUGCUCCUGGGUGAAGCGGGAAAUGUUGAAGACGAGGAUGAGAAGAUCUUUACUGAUGACGAAUCCGAGGAAGAAUCGGAGGAUGAGGAACAGGAAGAGGCUAAAUCUGUGGAGAGGCAGUCCGCGUUGCUGACGAUCGAUAUCGACCUUGGUCUCACGCCGUGGGCAAACGCGUCCCAGUACUAUGACCAGAAGAAGGUAGCUGCCGCGAAGCAGCAAAAGACGGCCCAAUCGUCUACCAAGGCGCUGAAAAGUCAUGAGAAGAAGGUUACUCAAGAUUUGAAGCGUGGGCUGAAGCAAGAGAAGCAAAUAUUGCAUCUCUCUAGAAACCCUUUCUGGUUCGAAAAAUUCUUGUUCUUCAUAUCCUCAGAAGGCUACUUAGUCUUGGGUGGUCGCGACGCCAUGCAAAGCGAAAUGCUUUACCGGCGCCAGCUCAAAAAAGGCGACAUCUUCGUAAACGCCGAUCUGCAAGGCGCUACUCCCAUGGUAGUCAAGAACAGACCCGGAGCUGCCAACGCGCCAAUCCCCCCAAGCACCCUUUCCCAAGCUGGUAAUCUUUGCGUCUCUACCUCGAGCGCUUGGGAUUCCAAGGCAGUCAUGCCUGCAUACUGGGUUGAGGCGAGCCAAGUGACCAAGACUGGCCCCGGCGGUAUUGUGCCUACGGGUGAAUUUAUCGUUAAUGGAGAGAAGAACUUUUUGGCUCCGUCGCAGCUUGUUCUUGGAUUUGGUGUGAUGUUCCAGAUAAGUAAGGAGAGUCUUCGGAACCACAAGACAGGGAGAUUUGACACCUCGGAGGUUGCUGAGGGGCUUCCUGCGGUAGAGCCAGCUGAGCGCAAAGAGUUCGUCCAGGAGCAGAUUACAGCAGAAGUUCCGAAGGAAGCUGGGGAUGCUAACGGAAAGGAACAAGAGGUGAAACAAGAACAGGAGCAAGAACAGGAGCUAGAACAGGACUCCGAAUCGGAUGAGGAGGAUCAAGAUCAAGCUCCUGCGAAGAAUCCCCUUCAACGCGGAGUUUCUGAAGCACAGAAUGAGCCUGGUAGCCCUGGGCCAGAUGAAAAGAAUGCUGAAGGCGAGGAUCAAGAGAAUGGAGAGGCGGAACAAAAACUAGAAGAAGGGGUAGAGAACGAAGAGGCCCAAUAUGAGGCAGAGGAACAAGCACCAGAGGCAGAAGAAGACCAACAACUCUCCGCAAGAGAGCGACGCGCGCUUCGAAAAGGACAAAUCGACUCGCCUGCCCCAGCACUCAAAGGUAAGCCUUCUGCACAGCCUAAACAGCCAGCAGCCAAGCAACCGCCUGCUCCUACACGCGGCAAGAAGGCCAAGAACAAGAAGGCCGCAGCCAAGUACGCAGACCAAGACGAGGACGAACGCGAACUCGCACUCCGCGUCCUUGGCGGCAAGAGCGCCAAAACCGAAAAGGCUGAAGCCGCUGCAGCAGCAAAGGAAGCCCGCGAGCGCGAAGCUGAAGCAGCGAAGAAGCGCCGCAAGGCCCAGCACGAACGCGCCGCGGAGGCAGAGCGCAAACGACAAGCCCUCUUUGAAGCUGAUGACUACGACGAGGAAACUGCGGUUGCUGAGGCAGCGGACCUUUCCUGGAUCCCGGCCCUUGUUGGUACUCCACACCCCAAGGAUGAAAUCAUUGCUGCGAUUCCCAUCUGUGCACCAUGGGCCUCUCUGGGUCGCUAUAAGUACCGCGUGAAAUUGCAGCCGGGUGCCGUGAAGAAGGGCAAGGCUGUGAAGGAGAUCAUCGGACGGUGGGUAGCAGAGACGACCACUGGCAAGGUGAAGAAGGAGCAGGCUGAGGAUCUGGGUCUCAGUCUGGCUGAUGCGGAGAAAUUGCGGACUCGGGAGGGGGAGUUGAUCAAGACGUGGAAGGAGACGGAGAUUAUCAACACGGUGCCUGUGGGUAAGGUGCGGAUUAUGGGGGCUACAGGUGGAGGAGGAGGCGGUGGUGACUCCAAAGGGAAAGGCAAAGGUGGUAAUCCCAAAGGUGGUAACGCUAAAGGAGGAAAGGGUGGGAAGAAGAAGUAAACCUGAUAUUUACACAUAGGAUAACUAUGGUUCGAAGAUAUGGUUUGUAUAGAAUAGAGAACAUGAUAUCUAUGUUCAAUUGCUGUACAGCACGCCAGCUCCAAUAGAAAUACCGUCUAGAACCGAAUAUUUGACUGGUAUCUACG